CGGUGUGAGUGUAAAUUACAACUGAACUGAGUAAAAGCAUGUCCCAAAAUUAGGGACGCGGCCAGUUGACGCCUGGAAUCUGCGGUUGUAGAUCGGACACUGGACACUGUUCCUUUCAGCAUCAUAGCGCAAUGGCCAAUUCCUCCGCUACCGUCUCCGUCAUAAGGCGAAUCACCCACGUCGUUUUUGACAUGGACGGUCUCCUUCUCGACACUGAGAAGUUCUACACUCAAGUCCAGGAACUCAUACUCGCUAGGUUCAACAAAACCUUUGAUUGGAGCCUUAAGGCAAAGAUGAUGGGGAAGAAGGCAAUAGAAGCUGCUAGGGUCUUUGUUGAAGAGACCGGAAUUAGUGAUUCUCUCAGUGCUGAGCAGUUUCUCGUAGAAAGAGAGGAAAUGCUGCGAACCUUGUUUCCGACUAGUGAGCUUAUGCCAGGUGCUAGCCAUUUAGUCAACCAUUUACAUGCGAGUGGAGUUCCAAUUUGCGUGGCAACUGGUUCUCACAGGCGACAUUUUGAAUUGAAAACUCAAAGACAUCAUGAACUAAAGCCUUCCCUAGAUGGAUUUCUUGCUGCAGCCAAGAGAUUUGAGGGUGGACCUGUAGAUCCUUGUAACAUUCUUGUUUUUGAAGAUGCGCCCUCAGGAGUUCUCGCAGCUAAGAAUGCAGGAAUGUCUGUUGUUAUGGUCCCUGAUCCAAGGCUGGACAAAUCUUUUCAUGAAGCAGCAGACCAAGUUUUGAACUCACUGUUGGAUUUCAACCCUAGUGAGUGGGGUUUACCUCCGUUUGAAGAUAACGGAAGCUAGCUGAACUUGGGUUUCACUUACUGUCAGUACUUUUUUACUGCAGACAGAAAAGGCUGCAUAUUUAUUGUACAACUAAUCUAUGAGUAAUUUAUCCAUUUCCAUAUAUUACCGGUCACAUAUUUUGACCUUUAUACUAUUAUUGGUUUAUUACUACAAUGAAUGUGGACUUGUAAGAUCUUACAGAUUCGAUAUAUUGUUUAAAUAUUUCUCUCCUGGCAUGAAACGUAAAA